AUGGCAUUUUCAUAUGCUGUAGCCCUGAUUUUCCUCUCACAACAGUCAGAAGUAAUUGCAGUGAAGUCAACGGAGUUCUGCUGGUGUAAAAUUGAAGUAAAAGUGAAAUACCAAGACAAUCACAAAUCUGACUAUGACAACAAGGAUGGAACUGGAGCAUCUGAGUUUAGAAGUUCCAAAAAGCAGGGACAGUUUCUAUCCAAUAUCCCUUUCUCAAUCCCCAAACCGCUUACAAUCUCUUCAAACCUGGGCAGCCUGCCUAUCUCCCUAGAAAUGGCAAUGGGGCUUCGAAAGAUGUUAUUUGGAAACACAUUCCAUGUCUUCAGCUAUGAAUGGAAAAAAUCAUAUUUCAAAUUCCACGCUCCAUAUUCUGACCUAUUCUAUGCUUUGGAGGCAGAAAAGUUCAAAGAUGAAGGAAGCCACGGUGUGAUCUUAUUUCUAUAUAGCUUGCUUUUCUCUAGGACAUUGGAAAGGCUCCAAAAAGACCUAGACUUCACAACAUCUCAUCUGUUACAACUCAGUCUUGGAAACUUCAUCUGUAGACAGGCAAUUCUCAACAUCAUUUUAACAGGCAGAGCAUGUCCACAUGUGUUUAAUGGGUUCCAGAAAUUUGACAGUGAAGAUGGAGUGCAAGAACUAUUGCAUGGAGUCCUGGCCCGCAGUGAUGUGGACUAUUUACACUGGAACAAGGAGGAAGUGGAGCAUUACAGACCCUUCCAGGUUGGAAGCAUGCUGAAGACUCCUAAAUUACCCAUCUGGCUGUGCAACAUCAAUGGAACAUACAGUGUUCUUUUCAGCACAAACAGGCUGCACUUAUCUGACUGGAAAAUGGAACACAUCUUUGAUCUCUACUUAUAUAAUGGGCAGCCAUCACAGAAGAAAACAGUACAUCUAACAGUAGACACUCAUUCUCAUCAUUGGGAAAAGAAUCACUGUGAAGAAAGUGAUCCAGAAAAGAGAUUUCCUUUUGUAGAGAUGGCAAUCAGAACUAAGCGGGAGGGGGCAGCCAUCAACUGGAAUGGGGCUGUCCCAUUCUUCCGAAGAACGAGACUGCACAAAUGUGGCAUCCACUGCCCUGUGACUGGCUCUGUAAAGUACUGA